AUGCAGGAGCUUCCACCUUGGUGGGAAAAGCCUUCAGGUCUGGCUUCUACUAGCCCACAGCAGUCGCCGAUGCAUAGGAUAUCAUCAAGAAGUGUACAGGAUGCCAGUUCUUCGCCAAGCAGCAACAUGUCCUGGAUCUUGAGAACAAUACCGCCCUCAUGGCCUUUCGCAUGCUGGGGACUCGACUCGGUCGGACCCCUCAAGACCACUGCAGGUGGCUUCACCCACGUCUAUGUAACCAUCGACAAGUUCACCAAGUGGAUUGAGGUCAAGCCGGUCACUGCUACCACCGCUGCCAAGGUGGUCGAGUUUAUCCAGGAGAUCUCCCAUAGAUUCGGUGCCCCCAAUAGGAUCAUUACCGACUUGGGCACAUUGUUUACCGAAGGAGAAUUCUGGGAUCACUACCAAGACAACUGCAUCGACGUCUACCACUCAUCGGUGGCCCACCCCCGAUGCAACGGUCAGGUUGAAUGUGUCAACGGCAUGAUCCUCUAG